CGCGAGUGAGGCGGGAAAACCUGAGCAUUUGUGGAGAAGCUGGAGCCGGGGAAAGCUAUCGGAGUUCCCAGUGGCGCGGAAAAAUAUUCAAGCAGCAUCUUGCGUAACUCAACUCUUGCAAUUGUGAAUUCAUUAUGACCACGGCGAUCUAAUAAUUAAAAGUGAAACUUCUUUUGCUCUUCUCUUUUCGCUUUUUUCGUGUGUGGGUUAUAGUGUAUAGCCCCAUAUAGCUCAGGGUGUUUGAGGCCAAGGAAUUCGUUUAUUGAGCAAACUGGAAGAGCGUUCCUGAAGCUCAAAGUGUGUAAGAAAAUUUUGGACCAAGAUCUGUGAGGUGAUUUAGAGUGAAUGCCAAAAGGAAAAUGCUUGGAGCUCUGUGAAAGAUUCUAAGAGAUUUUCCUUGCUAUUUUUUGUUUAAAUCUGGAAGUGAAAACAUCCCAAGAUUUGCAGUUCUUUAGUGGUUAAAUGAGCAUGUGAUGCAAAAGAAUUGCUCUAUGAGUGAUUUUCCUAACUGUAGUGCAUUUAACAGCUUCUUCUGUGGUGACUGAUAUCACACCUAACACCCACCUUCCUGCAUCAACCUCAAAUUGUGGAGGCAUUAAAAUUCAAGAAAAAAAACUUUUGUGCAAAAAAUCUAUUGCAAUUCGUCAAAAUGUGUCAAAAGAGAUUGCGCCAGAUCGCCUUCUAUAUUUUCGUCAUAGUCCAGAUUACCGGAUGCUGGGCAGACACUCUCGAGACGUCCACGGACGUUAGUGUUACUGGUCAUGUCACAAGUAGCGUGAGCAAAUCCUCCGGCAACAGGACGAACUUUAGGCCAACUCCAAAGAUCUUCGUGCCAGUUAGUCAUCAGACACCAUCGAAGGUUCAGAAGAGAGCUGAAGAUACCAAGUCCGCUGCUUCAUCUAUUGAGAGUCAAAACCAGAGUAGAGAAGCCCUUUCGCACGAAGGAAGUGAUCCGGUAGUUUACUUAUCUGACACUGCAGGGUACAUUCCAGUAACUCCAAUCCGAACAAGAAUUCCUGCUGCAACUUCCUAUCAUACAGGAGCAGCUGUUGAUUUGGAAUCCUGGCGACCAGAUCUCUGGGACAGAGAUUACACUAGACGCUACAGAUUCAACAACACAAGAGUUCAACACAUUGAAGCCGAGUGCCAGGAUGAUUACAUGAAGAUCCGAAUCGGAUUUAAUGGUUCAUUUGCUGGCCUUCUAUAUUCAGCAGGAUACGCAUACGAUCCCGACUGCAUGUACAUCAAUGGAUCCGGAAGGGAUUACUAUGAGUUUUACAUUCAGCUCAAUAGGUGUGGGACUCUCGGGAAGAAUGCCCAUGGCGAAGAUAGUAGAAAAAACCCAACCAAAAACUUUAUGUGGAACACCAUCACUGUCCAAUACAAUCCAUUAAUUGAAGAGGAAUUCGAUGAGCAUUUCAAAGUCACGUGCGAAUAUGGAUACGAUUUUUGGAAGACGGUGACUUUCCCUUUUUUGGACGUUGAAGUAGCUACGGGGAAUCCAGUUGUAUUCACACUCAGUCCUCCGGAGUGUUACAUGGAAAUUCGCAAUGGAUAUGGAAUCAAUGGAGCGAGGGUAGCUGGACCUGUUCGGGUUGGUGACCCUCUUACCUUGAUUAUCUACAUGAGGAGCAAAUAUGAUGGAUUUGAUAUUGUUGUUAACGACUGCUAUGCACACAAUGGAGCCAACAAAAGGAUACAACUGAUCGAUGAGUUUGGUUGUCCUGUUGAUGACAAACUGAUCUCACGGUUUCGAGGAUCAUGGUCAGAAAGCGGUAUCUUUGAAACACAAGUCUUCGCUUACAUGAAAACUUUCAGAUUCACUGGUUCUCCAGCCCUUUACAUCGAAUGCGACGUUAGGAUGUGUCAUGGAAGAUGCCCAAGUCAACCAUGUCACUGGAGGAAUCUUAAGAGCGUUGCUAAGAGAGAGAUCGCCAAUCAAACAACUGUUGAAAGCAACAGUCCACCGCCUAGGGAUAAUAUCUCUGACAAUAUCAGCCUAUUCCAAUCUCUACGAGUGCUUCAGGAGGAGGAUGAUGAUUUUUUAGAUGGCAGUACUAACGACAACUCUGCCACGAAGCGUGAUGCACCAAAUGAAACAUGUCUAAAGACAUCUAUGCUUUUCACGCUGGUAGCCACAAGUUGUGCAGUGAUCUUCGUCUUAGCAGGAUCACUUUUGACUACAUGCACAAAACUCAAAUAUAGAAAAGCAGAUGCAGGAUUCUAUGACGCUUAUGUCAACCACAAAGGGCAGAUUGAAUGAAGAUUCUAAUUUAAAAAAAAAUAUGUGAUCAAAAGACAACCCACCACAGAUUACUAUUUGAAUUCAUCAAAAUUCUUCCGUAUUAUCCGGACAAACAGGACACAAUAAAAUCAAAUCAAUAAUUUUAUUUAUCUAACAAUUUUUUUGUAAAUACUUUUCGCGUAGAUUAACACUUUUCAAAUGGUUCUCAAAUUUGAGUCCAAUGUGAACUGAUGAUCUUUUAAUAUAUAAUAAUUUUAAUAUUCCUCUGCAAUUGAGCAACUAAUUAGUGAUUUUAGUGACAAAGCUGAGGCAGAAAGAAGUCAAGAAGAAUUUCUUGAGAUAACAAAGACAAAAUUAUUCAUAGAAUGUUUAAUGGAAUUUAAACAUGGGUUUUGUUGGUUGAAACAAAUUAUAAAAUGUUUUACAAGAGUGAUACAAACAGUUCUUAUAAUAGCAUUGAGAAACUUCACGCUUCUUCACUGAUUCGACAGAAAACUACAGGUGUAAAAUUUUAAGCUUGAGUGCGCAUUUUGCAGCAUUUUCUUUUAAAGUUUUUCAUAUUAAAGAAAAAUUUAUUGAAAGAAAUUCCUCACGAGCAAUAGCAAAUAAAUUUUCACAUAUAAUAGGGGAAGUGAGGGAUAGUUCGCACGCUUUUUGGAAGUUAAUAUUCAAGAUUUUUUUCUGGCUGAACGGUAAAAUGGACAAUCAAUUGCGCUAUACCACAAGAAUCUCUGGUCUUUUAAGUUUCUAUGCGUGUCUCAUUCACUGCCGUAAAAUCUUUUCUUUUUCCUAGACAGGAAAAUGAAAAAAGUAUGAUGAUUUGUGCGAACCUUGCCUGUGAAGGCAAGAUUCGCACGAUGGGUUGUUAAGGUUCGUCAUUGCAUUUUUUCCUGGAAUAACUCUUGCUCACAUUUAAAAAUAAUUAACCGAUUAUUAGAUUCAAGUUCCACGAAUCCACGGAAACCAUUAUUUCACUAAAAGAAGGUAUCUAAAACAGUUUUCUUCUAAUUUUUCUGAAGCACUGUUUUUCUUGCAAAAUUUAUGUCGAAAAAUCGACUGAAUAAAUGUGAAACUUUCAAAUGUGACAACCCUAAAAAUUUAUCAGCUGUCUUUUCUUCAUCUUUCUUUUCCUUUGUUUUCCUCUUUGAGGUUAUCUUGUGAUUUUAAGCUGCUGGAGUAACCUGAUGAGUUGGCGAACCAUAACACUUUCAGUGGUUGAACCAAUACGCAGUGUAGUAUUUAGGAUUUUUUCGCCAGUCGGAAAAUAAUUUUCCUCCGAUGCAAAAAAUAUUACGUAAAUAUCAACCCAGAUUAACCCUUCAUCUAUUGGUGUAAGUGAUUAUUUCUGAAAAUCAAUUUAACUGUGAGACAUCACACGAAAUGUGAGUCAUCAAAAUUUCCCAUUUUAGACCAUUUUUGCAAUUGUGAUUCAAGAACCUAGGAAAGAAGGACUAGGUUGCUUAUUUUUGCGGUGAAGAUGAGGUUUAUGAUUAUCGAAGGCUCGCGCGUGCGAAGCAUCCCUCACUUCCCCUAAAUCUUUACGCGGUAAUAU